UUUGAAGCAUUUGCAGUUAGCUCGUGUGGUGGGUAGAGCUACACUGUGAGAAAACUAGCGUUAACACUCAGAUAAAUAUAUUUAUCUAGCUAAUUCCGAUGUGAUCGUAGGUUUUCUCUGCACACAUUUUCGUAGAUUUGCUUGAUGCAUUGCUAUCACGAUGUUAGGACAUUACCCAAACGUGGAAAAGACACAACUGGUUAGCUAUGUGGAAGAUUAUCUGGAAUGUGUGGAGUCUUUGCCUUUGGACAUACAGAGGAAUGUUUCACUGCUGCGGGAAAUCGAUACGAAAUAUCAGGAGGUGCUGAAGGAGGUGGACGAUGUGUUCGAGAAGUACAAGAAAGAGGUGGACGGGGGUCAGAGGAAGCGUCUGCAGAACCAGCUCCAGCGGGCGCUCAUCAGCAGCCAGGAACUGGGGGACGAGAAGAUCCACGUGGUGACGCAGAUGAUGGAGCUGGUGGAGAACCGCUCCCGGCAGAUGGACUCGCACUCGCUGUGCUUCCAGGAGCCCGCCGAGGCCGAGAGGGUCGCGGCGGAGAAGGGCCGGCAGGAGGCCCCGCCACCCGAGCGCUCGUCCGCCCGUAGACCCCGGCGCCAGCGCAACAGCGAGAGCCGCGACUCGGGCGGCGCGGCUAACGGCGUGGAGGAAGCCGGCGAAGAGCCGCCACCACCGCCACCGCCCAGGGAGAAGAAGUCCAAGUCGGCGAAGAAGAAGAAGCGCUCUAAGGCCAAGCCGGAGCGAGAGGCGUCGCCGGCCGAGUUCACCAUCGACCCCAACGAGCCCACGUACUGCCUGUGCGACCAGGUGUCCUACGGCGAGAUGAUCGGCUGCGACAACGAGCAGUGCCCCAUCGAGUGGUUCCACUUCUCCUGCGUCGGACUUACCUAUAAGCCCAAGGGGAAGUGGUACUGCCCGAAGUGCAGGGGGGACAGCGAAAAGACAAUGGACAAAAGCAUUGAGAAAACGAAAAAGGAUAGAAGGUCAAGGUAGUGAUCUGGGUCGGCUGUGUUUUUGUUUUGUUUUUUAUUGUCAAAAACGUUCUUGCUGACGAAACAAUCUUUUGAGAGGUGCAUUCGGUUAACUUUGCAGACUGUGUUGAUAACACAAUAUCGAAGAGGUGAGACUGUCGAGUUUAGUCUGUUGCCGCACUUUGCCAAAGGACUAUAAAUGUGUGCUGUUACAACAGCAUCGGAUGUUGCAUUGACAGCCAGAUGACCUCUUUUAUAUCGAUUAAAAAAAACUAAAGGUGAUCAAAUAUACUGCCAUUACACUAUAGAGGUAUAAUAUUUUGUCAGAUGUGUUUAACAUCACAUGGUUGUCAGAAACUGAAUGCAGAUGAAUUACAAAUGCACUAUAUGGGUGUCCUUUGAGGUUGGCAUAAUCAGAGAAGCCUUUGAAACUGGAAUUCAGAGACUGAACAUCUAAACACACAGGGCAUAAGGUCAAAAUACCUUUUGGGAUGCACAGGGUUUUCUAGGCCAUGACUAAAAUAGAUCUGUGACGAUGAUUUUCUCCUUUUCUUUUCAAUAAAAGUGCAAAAAUAGUUUUGG